UUUUUUAAUUAACAAUGAUUAAGGUUUCAAUAGCCAUAUAAAAUAUAAUUUGGUCAUUACCAAAUUUAUUACACACUUCAGAAUGUUCAAUAAAUUAACACUAAAAUCAUGGUCAAACAAAUCAUAUAGCACAAUGUUCUUUAUUUAGCACACUUUGCUUUGGGACCUCGGAUUUCUAUUUAAAAUUCUUUCAUAUAAUUGUGGUAAGGUAAAUAUGUACGCCGCAUUGAAAAAAAAAAAAAAAAGUACUCCGCAUGUGUAGAUUAAGAAUUUCAAACACAAGGCGCAUAUUAGCAAGAAGCCCCCGUAUUCCCAAUUAAUCGCCGAUCUUUUCCCGUAUUUAGCACAGAUUCCCUCUCUCUCUCAUUGUCCCUUCCCCAACUGAUCACCGAACUGAACUCACUGUCUCCCACGACCACUUUUUUACCAUCCCUCUCUUCCUCUCUCUAUAAAACUCCCUGCUCUCUCUCUCUCUCUCUCUCUCUAUAUAUAUCUAUCUAUACACACGCAUCCGUAUAUCUGCACCACGGCAGAAAACAAAUGACCCAUCUUUAAACACUUUGUGCGGUCUCUUUCAACUCUCUUCCAAAGCAAACGAAACGAAGGUACAAAGAAAAAGAAAAAAGAAAAAAGAAAAAAUUGAUACAAAACAAUCGAAAUUGUAAAAUUUAUUCAUCCUUGUUUUCUUUACUUUUCUUCAACCUUUCCCUCUAGAUGAUGAGAUAAUCAUAGAGCUUGCCUCUACCUACAUAUGCUAAAUUCCAGACUUAAAGACUAAGAGAGAAAAAGCGAGGGGAAGAGAGAGAGAGGGUUUAAAGAAGAAAAAGAAGGCGACCCUUCUUUUCCCAAAUUCUGAUCAUUAAUUCCAUUUGGGUUUUAUUCAAUUUGUCUUGAUGAUGAGUUUUCUAUGGAAAAGUUUUGAUCAUGAUGUUUCUUUCGGCUAUGCAGAGUUGUCUGAGAUAGAAAGACUAGAUAUAGAAAAAAGAAGACCAUUUUUGUUUGUAUCAUUGAUGAUUCAGUCACAGUUUGUCAACAUAGCAACUGGGUUUCUGCCAGAUUGUUGUUUGGCAUGAUUUUCUUUCCUUUGUGUUCUCCAAAAGAGGUAUAGUUUUGAUGGGUUUUUAUUGCUGCACAGUAUUAUUAGUUAGAACCAUAGUAUAGAGAGCAGAGCAGAGAAUAAAACAAGUGGUGGGCAUACUAUAUUUGCAUUACUACAUUGUGAAUAAUUGGAGCUGGGUUGCUGAAGAAUCAAGUUGGUUUCUUUCAAUUUCACCUAUUUCAUUUAGUAUUCCUCUGGGGUUCUCUUCAAGGUCGGUUUUUUGAUGAGUUUUAUUAGCUGAGUUUGUUGAAGAAUCAAUUGUUUCUCAAGCCGUUUUCAGCUUUUAGUUGAAUCUUUCUAGUGAAUGUCUUCUAAGUGUUUGAUUUUGAGGAGUUUUGAGAGCUAGAUUUGCUGAAGAAUCAACUCAUUUUGCAAUUCCAGUUUAUGGUUGUAUUCUUAGUGGGCUUCUUUCAAAUGUCUGAUUCUAAUGAGUUUUUCUGAGCUGUCUGGAGUUUCUCUUAACCUUUCCAGGCUGUUUUUGAAGAUAUGUAGGUGGGUUUUGGUUAAGAUGUCUUUCAAUUGCAAACUCUCUGGAUUUAGUGGUAAAUUGUCAACCAACUUCAAGCCGAAGAAGGCGAAGGAUGGAUCUAAUUGUGUCUGGAAAUGGAGGAGACAGCUUCUUUUUCUGUCGUUUUCAGGUGUUUUGGGCUUCAUUUGUUUCAUCUUUGGUUUAAAUGGCGGGGCUUUGAGGGGGAAGGAGAAGACUGCAUACUUGUGUGAAGAAAGAACUAGAUUUUCGCUACAACAUUUGAAUAUAAGAAAGGAUCAACAUCAUGCUUUGGCUGCUAUAUUCUCUGAAUCAGAUCAGAAAGAAUUUCGAAGAAGGGCUCUUGAUGACAGUAAAGAGCAUUGUGAGAGUUUUUCUUUUUAUUUAGUGAAAGUAUGUUGUUGGGUCCUUCUUGGAGUGGUAAUGAGCUGCAAAAUGUUUGGUUUACAUAGAAAGUUGCGGAGAAAUCAAAAUCAGAACCAGGUCGAGCAGCAGUCACUAGCUCAGCAGAAGCUGCUGCUGAAGCAGCAACAGAAAACCCUGAAAUCUUGUAAAAGCGCUGGAAAGUGGAGGAAAAAGCUCCUAAUUACGUUUGUGUUAACUGGGGUGACUGGAUCUGCUUGGUUGUUUUGGCACUUGAAUGAGGAUAUUCUUUUGAGGAGGACUGAAACACUUGCGAACAUGUGUGAUGAACGAGCCAGGAUGUUGCAGGAUCAGUUUAACGUGAGCAUGAACCAUGUUCAUGCCUUGGCUAUUCUCAUCUCCACGUUUCACCAUGGAAAACAACCUUCUGCUAUUGAUCAGGAAACAUUUGGAGAAUAUACUAAGAGAACUGCUUUUGAGAGGCCACUUACAAGUGGCGUUGCCUAUGCCUUGAGAGUGCCUCAUUUAGAGAGGGAGCAAUUUGAGAAGCAACAUGGAUGGGCAAUAAAGAAAAUGGGAACUGAGGAUCAAACUCUAGUCCAAGAUUGUAUUCCUGAAAAUUUGGAUCCUUCACCCACUCAAGAUGAAUAUGCACCUGUUAUAUUUUCUCAAGCCACUGUCUCCCAUAUUGUAUCUAUUGAUAUGAUGUCUGGAAAGGAAGAUUGUGAGAAUAUAUUGCGUGCAAGGGCUUCUGGAAAGGGAGUCCUGACAUCUCCUUUUAAGCUAUUGAAAUCCAACCACUUGGGAGUUGUACUUACUUUUGCAGUCUAUAACACUCACCUUGCUCCAGAUGCUACGCCAGAGCAACGCAUUAAUACUACAGUGGGGUACCUAGGUGCAUCUUAUGACGUCCCUUCACUAGUGGAGAAGCUUCUACACCAGCUUGCUAGCAAACAAACGAUUGUUGUGAAUGUUUUUGAUAUGACCAACAAAUCUGCACCCAUUAAAAUGUAUGGUACUAAUGACACUGAUACAGGUUUAGUGCGCAUUAGCAACCUUGAUUUUGGUGAUCCAUCUCGAAAGCAUGAGAUGCAUUGCAGUUUUAAGCAGAAACCACCUCCACCUUGGACAGCAAUAACAGCAUCUGUGGGAGUCCUUGUCAUCACAUUGCUUCUGGGUCAUAUCUUUUAUGCAGCCAUAAACCGAAUUGCUAAAGUGGAGCGUGACUAUCGAGAAACAAUGGAGCUCAUGCAUCGUGCUGAAGCUGCAGAUGUAGCAAAAUCUCAGUUUCUUGCUACAGUUUCCCAUGAAAUCAGGACUCCGAUGAAUGGUGUUCUAGGUAUGCUGCAAAUGUUAAUGGACACAGAUGUUGAUGCAAACCAGCUAGAUUUUACCCAGACAGCUCAUGCUAAUGGGAAAGAUCUAAUAUCAUUGAUUAAUGAGGUUCUUGAUCAGGCUAAGAUAGAAUCAGGCAGGCUCGAGCUUGAGGCUGUACCUUUUGAUCUCCGCGCUGUUAUUGAUAAUGUUUUAUCACUUUUCUCUGGCAAAUCUCAUGAAAAAGGAAUUGAGAAGUUGGCUGUUUACUUCUCUGAUCAGGUUCCUGAAGUUGUCAUUGGAGAUCCUGGACGGUUCCGGCAGAUAAUUACAAAUCUUGUUGGAAAUUCAGUCAAGUUCACACAUGAGAAAGGGCAUGUAUUUAUCUCAGUCCAUCUGGCUGACGAAGCGAGGUGCCCACUUGAUGUUACAGACGAAUUGCUGAGACAAAGCUUGAUGCUACUUCAAGACUGGUCAAACAAGUCUUGUAAUACAUUGAGUGGGUUUCCCGUGGUUGAUAGAUGGAAAAGCUGGGAGAAAUUUAAUAUGUUAAGUGGCAAUUGUUCAGUGGAGCAAACUCAAAUGAUCAAACUAUUAGUGACGAUUGAAGAUACGGGUGUGGGAAUUCCUCCAGAAGCACAAGGCUGCAUUUUCAUGCCUUUUAUGCAGGCUGACAGUUCCACGUCACGAACAUAUGGUGGGACUGGAAUAGGAUUGAGCAUUAGCAAGCGUCUGGUGGACCUUAUGGAUGGAGAAAUUGGGUUUGUGAGUGAACCUGGCACUGGCAGUACCUUUUCAUUUACUGCAACUUUUGCAAAAGGAGAAACAAGUUCUCUGGAUACAAAGUGGCAGCAUCAUGAUCCAGUUGUUUCAGAGUUCAAGGGAUUGAGAGCAAUGGUGGUUGAUGAUAAGUGCAUCCGAGCUGAAGUCACAAGAUAUCAUCUACAGAGAUUGGGGAUAACAGCAGACGUUACUUUCAGUCUGGAUUCUGCAUGCUCUUAUCUAUCUAGUAACUCAAACAUGAGUUCAUUAUCACACUUAGCCAUGGUUCUCAUUGACAAAAACAUUAUGGGCAAGGAGACUGGUCUUGCAUUCUAUCACUUGCUCAGAAAGCUCAGGCCAAAUGGCAGCACAAAAUUGCCGGAAGUCCGUCCAAAGAUAUUUCUUUUGGCUACUUCCAUAAGCUCUACUGAGUGCAGUGAGCUCAAAUCAGCUGGUUUAGUGGAUGAUGUGUUAACAAAGCCUAUUCGUUUAAAUGAGUUAAUUUCCUGCUUCCAUGAAGCCCUUGGAAUUGGAAAAAAGAGGCAUUUAAAUGGAGGGAAACCAUCAAUUCUUUGCAAUCUACUGAGAGACAAGAAAAUCUUGGUGGUGGAUGAUCAUGUUGUUAACAGAAGAGUUGCAGAAGGUGCUCUAAAGAAGUACGGAGCAAUCGUUACUUGCGUGGAGAGUGGAAAGGCAGCUUUAUCAAUGUUGAACCCUCCACACAGCUUUGAUGCUUGCUUCAUGGAUCUACAGAUGCCAGAAAUGGAUGGGUUUGAAACUACGCGAAAAAUCCGCAGUUUAGAGCGCAAAAUUAAUGAAACAAUUGAAUCUGGUGAAGCAUCUACUGAUAUUUUUGGGUAUUUGGCUCAUUGGCACACACCGGUAUUAGCAAUGACAGCUGAUGUCAUUCAAGCAACGAGUGAGGAGUGCAUGAAAUGCGGGAUGGAUGGUUAUGUGUCAAAGCCAUUUGACGAAAACCAGCUUUAUUCAGCAGUGGCACGCUUCUUUGAGUCUGGUUGAUAUAGGAGGACUGGGAUUAACAUGGCAGCAGUUGUUCAUUGGUGGUCCUGGUCCAGUCAAGUGGUUAAUCUGAUUUAUUUUUGGGGUAUGUGGCCAAAGAAAUUUUGGGCAAUUUUCGGCUAUCCCAAUACUGACAUUCCUCACCACAAUGAGAUGGCAUGAUACACUCAUCCUGAUUGCGUUCUUCUUGCCUUAUCCUUAUGGAAUGCAGGCUUACUAUGAUGUUUAAUGGUUCAUAGUGAAUGGAUAACUUGGGGAGCCAUCAGCAAGUUACGGGAUCUGUUGUUCUUUGUGAGCAAGUACAUAAUAAGAGAGGGAGAUUUUUUUUCCCUUUAAUAUAUGUAUAUAGCUCGUUUUGUUAUAUGUUUUGUUCCAUCACCUUGAUUUUGAUGUACUGUGCAAUCUUCCUUGAAGCAGGCUCAAGCAUAAAAUGGUAUAAUGCUUGAAUACCCAUGUGAGAUCGGAAUGAACUGAGUGAUUUAUCUUUCAUCUUCUCGAGAUUUAUACAGGAAGAGUGCAAUUAAAUACUAACUUAAUCCCGAGAGGAUGAUAGAUUAAAUCAUUCAGUUUAUUAGAUUUGAAUAUGGAUAUAUUGACGUUAGACUGUUUUAAGUUGAGAGUUACCGGUUUCGAGGAUAAUUGAACAGAAUAUUGAAACAGGGAUGGCAGUAAGAAAAUAAAUAUCACUCAAGAGAAUCCAUACAGAGAACCAUUUUCUGAUGGAAAUUUGGUCACCAAUGGAUCAGUGCUCUUGAAAUGUAUGCAUCUUUGUCGAGGAGGGUAUAUGACUCUUUUGAUUUUAAUCUGUAACUGAUUUUGAGUGUUGUGCAAUUGUUGCUCAUAUAUUAUUAGUAAGUUGUGAAUAAAGUAGUGUUUGUUGAAAUCUUAUGUAGCUUCAUUGUAAAAAUGAGUUGUAACAAUUUUUGGUGUUGAAUGUAAAUCAUAAUCUGAAUUUUUUUAGUUAACA